CAUUUGGAGUCUCCAUCUACGACGACAUCCAUCUUUGUAAAUAACUGCCAUUCCGAUUUGACUCGUGAGAUCCCUGUGGCCGACAUCCCGCAACUCAACACAACGAACUGUCGGUAACUGUCUCGGCGGUGGACAGCGUUUAUAUUCCCCGCUUUCUCAACCACAUCCCAUCCUCUCCAGGGUCUCUAUAACACAUCUCCGCACCGAACACCGACCGUGACACAUCGCUACCAUCACUCACCAUGAGGCUUUCGGCAGCUGUCAUCGCUCUCCUUUCCACGAGCGCCGCUGCUUUUAGCGUUUAUCGCGAGAACAGCGUCUCUGCCAACGAUGAACUCGAUGUUCCCGGAAAGUCACCCUUGAGGUUCUGUGACGCUGCGGCCGAUCGCAAAGAUGACAUUGUUACCAUCGAGGAGGUCAUAUUGACACCAAACCCUCCUGAGGCCGGUCAGACCCUGACAAUCGAGGCGUCUGGUAUCGUCAAGGAGGCCAUCGAGGAAGGGGCAUACGUCAACUUGCAAGUCAAGUAUGGCUACAUCCGCCUGAUCAACACCUCUGCCGACCUGUGCAAGGAGAUGAAGAACGUGGAGCUCGAAUGCCCCAUCAAGAAGGGCAGACUCUCGAUUACCAAGAACGUUGAGCUGCCCAAGGAGAUCCCACCUGGCAAGUACACUGUUGAGGCCGAUGUCUACAACAGCGACGAUAAGCACAUCACCUGCUUGACCGCCACCGUCUUCUUUGGUCGCAAGACCCUUGGCUUCCUUGACGAUCUCUGAUCUGGGUGAAGAGCGAGCGGAUUUGACGAUUAACAACGGAUAUGGCAUGUUUAAUCUAAACCUUGGAUGAAUACUGCGCAUGAUGGAUUAAUGAACUCAUUCUUGGCACCGAAUCGGAUGAUGGCACUUGCACGGCAACAGCAUUUGUAUGGGGUUUGCUUUGGUAGUACUGGAGUUUUUCGCGUUUAGUAGUUGGUUUUUGAGACUGUUUCUGCCUUUAAACAUGCUUAGGCGUAAACAUUUCUGAGGAAACAUUCCCGUCGUUCUGCUUCUUCAUAGGUAUUCUGAGUUUCCCGCAUUGCGCGCCGCCGCUGUGAUGUCGUGGGCACAUUGAUUCCGCUUUGCCCCCAUGAACCUGACUGCUUCCAUUCCUUCCAUCAUGCCGUAUCAUUCCCCGUUCGUUAUGUCCAUGCUCAACUGGGCAAACACGUUUAUUCACCAAACAGACGACGGACUCUGCGGAGAACACUGUCCUUCUCGGGGUCGUAAGGGUGGUCUUUGCUCGGGAUCUCGAGAACGGUAGGGAAGGCCGCGGUGUGGGUGUCGACUCGGUGCCGUAUCCUAUCAGCGAUAUGUUGGUUAAUCAAAACAAUGCCAAUGUCCUUCCUCUCGGUCGUGAAGCGCUCAAAGGCCGCCUCGAUAGCAGCGUUAUCCGUCUUGUUGUCCACCACAAGAAAGUUCUUUUGCGAAUCUGGGGGCGCCGUAACGUGGCCAAUGCCUGCAAGGAGAAGUCCCGUGACGGAGUCCUAGUCUCCAAUUACAGCCAGGAACUGACGGUCCCUAGCGUCUGCUUGGGAAGUUGCCAUGAUAGGCUGGGUCGGGUAUCGGUCGGGGAACGAGGGCUAUGCGACAAUAGAAACUUGAGUGACUGGUAAUAACUUGAAUAAAUCUUCUGAAAUGUGUGUUUGUAUUAGCGUCGGUAGGGAAUGUCGAAGCCUGCCUGCGGUUGCGGUUGC